CCGCGAAAGAUUCCGCGGCGACGAAACGGCGCGGACGCAAUAUCGAGCGACCCGGUGACCUCUCCGGCCAGUGGAAUUGAUUAUUUUCAGGAGAGAGAGAGGUCCCCCCUUGAAAUAUACGUAGCGUCAGCUAGGCAUGACUAGCCGACUAAGUAGUUCAUCAUGGAGAGUCGCUCGGGCAGCAUAAAAGACCCGAUGUAUUAUCCGGAUAACGAUGGCACAUCGAGCGGCGGCGGCGGCGGCAGCGUCGAACAUCAAGACAAGAGUCAGCGCAGCUCGCUCGGCAGCCAGGAACAAGAGACCAGCCUGGACGACAACAACGCGCUCAAGGUACCGCGCAAAUUCAUCACCAACUGGCGGCAGGCGUGCGAUCGUACCAAGGACCGAACCAAGGACCUUCUGAAGAGAUGGAGAACGACCAGCAGCAACAUUGACGAGCUCGCCAUCGCACCCGUGGUCGCCCCCGAACUGGAACAACCCAGCUGGAGCGUGCACGUCUGGACCACCUGGGUGAGCCGCUUUCCAAGUGACGACAGUUUGUCCGCCAUUGAGCUUAACAAAAGUGGCAGUUCGGAGGCCUUAGCUCCCAUUCAACGUGAUAAAUUCUCUCACUUUUUUACGUACCUCUUAGAUCACGAUAGAGACGGCUAUGUCAACAGGAAGGAUUUUGCACUGCUCUCCGAGCGUUUGAGAAGAUUUGCGGAUUGGUCAUGGAACGGCCCGGAGUAUCUAAGACUUCUGGAAAUCGAAAAUGGAUUCGCUGGAUUAAUUCUUCAGGAUAAGAAGGGAAUCGCGCAGCCGGACAAAAAGAUCGAUCUCGACGAUUGGUUAUCCUGGUGGGCGCAGAUCGUCGCACCGCCGGACGGUGCUAGUUACAACGAUGUGCCAUUCUGGAUCAAAGUUAUGCCUAGAGUGUUUUUCCUUGCCAUAAACAGCUCGGGAAGCGGGAUGAUCAGUAAGAAGGAACUCGCAGCCUUUUAUGGAUCAGUGGUCGGCCUGGAUACCGAAAGGAUCAAGAAAUGCCUGGAUAUUGCAUAUAACUCUAUGACUUCGAAUGGAGACCAUCCACUUGGCUGGUCGCAGUAUCAAUUAGUGUUCGCUAAUUUCCUGUUCGGUCGCGGCCCGUUCGGCCCGGGGGAGCACUUCCUGGGCAUGACAGACUCCUGCAUGAUUCGCGGUAAUACCAUACCGUUUCCCAUCGAUUAUUCCGCGAUGAACACACCUCGGGACAAAUUAGAGGUGUACAGUCCCCAUUGCAAGAGCAACAGAAGAAGCGUAGUUGUCUAAUGAUGAACCGCGAGAGAGUUCCUUCUGAUUAGUGAUGCAACAUGCACAAUCGUCCCUUGAGUGCCUAAUACCAUGUAUCAUGCCAUGUACGUGUUUGAUAUAAAUUUAUUUUAGUCAAUUGCA